AUGACAACUCGGUCUCGGACUGCUGCGAAGUCCAAGCCGCGUCCAGACACGAUGACACAGGCGUCUACUGAGGAGGAGGAGAUAUUGCAGGGCCUUGAGGUGGACGUUGAUGAUGAUGAUGACGAUUAUGAGGACGAUGCUGUAGUGGCGGAAGUAGUUGAAGAUGUUGGGGAUGAUGUGCAGGAAACAUCACCACAACAGGAGGAAUCGGGAGGAGAGAAGAGUCCUGUGCAGGAGGAGGAGGAGGAGAUGGUGUGCUCGCCUGAAAUUGUGAUGGAAGACAAUUUGCAGAGUGGAGGGGAGGCGGAAGAGCCGGUGAAGGUUGCAGAAGAAGAGACAGAUAAGGGGCUAGAAGCAUCACGGGAAGGUUUGGUGGAGUUGGAGGAAGAGGAGCAACAAGAAGAG